AUGGACCCAAACCUCGAGCUUUACAGGAGUGUAUUACAUCUUGGGCCCAAAGAUCACCGCCAACGCAUACAACAUCUCCCGAGAGAAGAGUUGAUCAGAGUCAAGACUCUAGUUGAAAGGGAGCGAUGGACCCGACGUCUUGAGGAAGCGGUCGCAGGUCGGGAUCUUGUUGAGCUGGCUCUUACUAAUCCUCUGGAGCUUGAGAAGAACCCACCUCUCCAAAAGGCCCUACUUGGACGAGCCUGCUAUCCUGAUGACGAGAACAACAUGCACUGUCGCAAGCUUGACAGUAGUUCAUAUCCUGCUAUGACGAAGGACGCUUGGGUCUUGGUCUAUUGUGACUUGUUUUAUAUCAAUGGUAGCAAUAUGACGUUGGAUGAAGUGUACAUGUCACGGCUUCAAGAAGAAGAGCUGCAGACCCGAAGUGAGAAGGCCAAAGAGGUCGCUCGACACAACGAAAUGAAACUGGCUCGCAGGAAUGCUAAGUGGAUGAUUCCUGCCCUCGAGCGACUCUCUGAUGAUGAAUUGUCUCAGUCAAAGUACGACUUCAGCGACACCUUACAUGAGAUCUGGAAGAAGGUAUCCCACCGGCCACCAACCUGGGUUCAGCAUAUACUCGAUGCACAACAGCCGUGGGGGCUUACCUAUUACAAAACAAAAGAAGUCGAAGAGAUGUAUGGCCAUACAUGGGAAGACACGUGGAUCCUGAUCAUUGAUAUACCUCAGCUAUCAUGGCCGAGUAUUCAUCGUCAAGGGAGGGCGGAUGAGCUUAUGGCGUUGAAAACAGAAGAUUGGGCUCCUAUGCCGACGUAUGAAGGCUUUAACGAAGAAGAUGCCUUUCGCAAACAUUUCCGUGAGCACAGAAAAUCUCUCUCGUCCCCUGGGAUCUUGCAGCAUACAUUUAUCGUCAUUCCAAUGGAGCUCAUUCCUAAUGAUCCCGACGAUGAAGAGUUGGAUCCCUGUUGGGUCUGGGCAUAUGAUGCAGAUUGGGAUAGGGACUCAGAAGAAACUAUAUAUAGCGGCGAGAAAUACCAAGGCCGCGUUAAAGUACCUAUUGUUGCACUGGGAGGUUGGUUCUAUGCCGCGCGUUGGGAGGGCGGGUCGUAG